CAUAAAGGUGAGCUGUUUGAAUUUACAUAGGAUUUUGUACAACUGCUCAGAUCUGAUAUUUAUGAAAAAAUGUUUUCUAAUUAAAAUUGUGUGGUAAUAAGUGUCUAUGGUAGUUUUUUUUAAUAUAUCCUUGGUUUAAAUAUUUUUGGUAACUAUUAAUGAUUGAUUUUUUUUUUUUGGUAAGAUUCUUUUUCUUUCUUAUAACAGAUUGUAACCAACCAUGGAAACUAAGAAUCAGACAAUGGUAACUGAGUUUCUCUUCUUGGGCCUAACAGGCCAUCUUCAUCAACAAAUAAUCCUAUUUCUCAUAAUUUUCUUUGUCUACUUUGUAACUCUAGGGGGUAACUUGGGAAUGAUCACUCUCAUAUGGAUUGAGCCCAGACUCCAUACUCCAAUGUAUUUUUUUCUUAGCCAUUUAUCCUUUGUGGAUAUUUGUUUGUCAUCUUCCAUUACUCCCAAGAUGCUCUGUGAUGUCUUUGUAGAGAAAAAGAGUAUUUCUUUCUUGGGCUGUGCAACACAGAUGUGGUUCUUUGGUCUUUUUGUGGCAACGGAAUGUUUCCUCCUGGCUUCUAUGGCAUAUGACCGAUAUGUGGCCAUCUGUAAGCCCUUGCUUUACACACUCAUUAUGUCCCAGAGGGUCUGUGUGCAGCUGGUGGUAGGACCUUAUUCUGUGGCUCUCGUAAGUACUAUGACUCAUACAAUUCUCACCUUUGGCUUACCCUUCUGUGGUCCAAAUAUUAUCAAUGACUUUUUCUGUGAUAUCUCACCAGUGCUCUCCCUAGCAUGUGUAGAUACUUCGAUUAAUAAGUUGGUGCUUUUCAUCUUGGCUGGGUCUAUAGGAGUACUCAGUGGUCUGAUCAUCAUGGUCUCUUAUGUUUGCAUUGUGGCAGCCAUCUUGAAGAUCCAGGGUACUGAUGGGAGACAGAAAGCUUUCUCUACUUGUUCUUCUCACCUGGUGGCUGUGUCCAUCCUGUAUGGGACUCUUUUCUUCAUCUAUGUUUGUCCUGGUUCAAGUUCCACCCUAGAUAUCAGUAAAGUGAUUUCAUUAUUCUAUACUGUGGUGACCCCUAUGCUAAAUCCCCUCAUCUAUAGCUUGAGGAACAAGGAAGUUAAAGAAUCAUUCAGGAGAAAUUUUGAAGAGAAAAAUUCUCUAGUAAGUAAGUAG